AAAAUGGGCGAAAAAGUUGAAAUUAACGUUAGUGGAAGAUGUUACCAAAUCAGUCGUGAGUUAUUAGAACCUUUCCCUCAUUCAACAUUGGCGGUAAAAUGUAGAACGAACGUAAACCAGACGCAGCCUAUAUUUAUUGAACGACCACUUCCUGCGUUCGAGUCGGUUCUUGAAUAUUACCAAACCGGAAGUCUCCAUGCUCCAAAAUCUCGAUGCUACGCUUCCUUCGUUGAAGAGCUUUCCUAUUGGGGAUUUAAAGAAUCGGACAUUUCAGUUUGCUGU